CUUUUUUUUUUUUUUUGUCAAAUUGCUCCGUGAUCAGCAACACAUGUUUUUACUUGCAGACCACAUUUUUUUCCACUGGGGAGGAAUCCGGAGGGCAGUUCCUGGCUUUGACCGUGGACUGGUGCUCAGACUGCUAACACACUCAAAGUCACACGCAAAACGGGGUACUUCUCUUUUUAGUCUUGGAUUAGGUAGAUUUGAUGUUUCGGACUAGUUUUUCCUGAGAUGUUGUUGCACUGGAUGAUGUCCUUGGAUUACAAAGGCUGACUCACAAGCCCCGCGUCAGGACUCUGGCAGAGCGCGGGCUUGCAUGACUGCAUUCCAUUGUUACUGUUUUAAAUAAAGUGGUUGGAUUUUUUUCUAACAUCAAUCCUGACUACUAAAACCAAACUCCCAGCUCUUCUGUGUAUCUCUCAGUGAAGACUAGACAUCCCAACAUGGCUGCACUCAUCACAGAGAACUUUAAGUUUGUGUCCCUCUUCUUCAAGAGUAAAGAUGUGAUGAUAUUUAACGGUCUGAUCGCUCUGGGCACUGUCGCCAGCCAGACUGCAUACAACAUUUUUGCUUUUGAAUGUCCAUGUUCCUCAGGGAGGAACUACCGCUACGGCCUGGCUGCCAUUGGUGUUCCAGCGCUGGUGUUUUUCCUCAUAGGAAUAAUGAUGAGCAAGACCACGUGGGACCUGGUGUCGGAGUGUCGGCUCAGGAAGUGCCAGAAAUUGUCGGGAGCCGCGGCCUUCGCGGUGCUGGGGACGAUCAUCGGUCGAGGCGUGGUGGCGCCGAUCACCUGGUCCGUUAUCUCUCUGCUGCAGGGCCAGGCGUACACGUGCGCCCUCAGCGAGUUCGUGGACCCGAGCACGGUGGAGGGGUUCCCCCCAGAUCAGGGGCCAGAGGUCAUGGCGAAAUUCCCGUGUCAAGAAAGUGUUCCUAAAGAGCUGCGAGGCUUCUGGGCUGAAAUUAACCGAAGACUGAAAUAUGAAUCUCAGCUGAUAGGCUGGCUGCUGGUGGGAGGGAUCUGCCUGACCGUGUUCCUGAUGCUGUGCAUGAAGCGCUGCUCGUCUCCACUCGGCUACCUGCAGGACAACUACUGGUCCCAGUACCGCUCAAAUGAAAACGCCCUCUUCCAAAACACGGCAGCUGUCCACGCCCGCAUCCUGGCUGCAGAGAACGUUAAGAGCUUCUUUGGGUUUGUGGCACUGGAGAAGGAGGAGAAGGCGCAGCUGGCUGAGCACCAGAAUGCCAGUCCUAUCUGCAGCACUACCUGGGAAAGAGUGACCGGUGUGUACCUGUACAGGGAGAAGAAUGGACUGCCUCUGUACAGCAGGCUCAAUAAAUGGGCCACGUACAGCCUGGAGAACAACGUGGAGGCCAUGGAGAAAGAGAUGGACGUGCUUGGCUGACGGUAUUCUUCUGGAAGAUGAUCCAGUGACUGCAACCGUAAUGCUUCAGACCUCACGUACAGAUGGUUACGUAGGUGAUAGCAACAAAUACAGCAGUGUUCAUGCCGGCUCCACCGGCUCCAACUCAUCCAGACUCCUGCAGCGAGGAUUAGAACCUGCUCUGAAUCCACUGGCCAUGUAGCUCCAUUGCUUAUGCUUCCAGUUGCCUACAGAAUACAUUUCAAAGUCCUGCUCCUGGCAUACAAGGCCCUACACAAAUAUUCCCCCUCCUACCUCACUGUCUUCCCUGAAGUUUACACCCCUGCCCGCUCACUUUAAAAUGACCCCCCAUCAUC